GUGCCUUGGUUAAUUGGCUGACGCAGCCAGGGCCUCGUGGUACAAUCGUGGCCUCACGGGAUGCGUUGGGUGGGAUGAGAAUUGAAGCCCUUCUUGUUCCCGGACACCUUCCAGGCUGCUCCAAGCCCCAUCCGACCUCGAUGCUCCCUCUCACCGUGCUCAGCAUCCUCCAGGCCUUCCCUCACAGCUCGGCCAUCCUGCUGUCCUCUGUCCCCAUGGACGCUUGUCCCAAAGGCACCUUAUCCUCGUGGUCCCUCUGCCCCCUGGCCACAGGGCCUCCUGUCCCCAGUGUCCCUUGUCCUAUUGUCCCUUGUCCUCGAUGUCCCCACGUCCUGCUGUCCCUCCGGGGUCCCCGGGGCUUGGCGCGCCCGGGCUCCUGCCCUCACCCAACAUGGCCGCCGCGCCGCCGCCGGGCUGGCCCCUGCCGGCCGCCAUAGCCCGCGCUUCCUCUCCAAGAUGGCGGCGCCCAGCGGGAGGAGCGGCCGGUGCGCGUGGGCCGCGCUGGUGCCCGCGGCCCUGCUGUGCCUGGCGGCCCGGACGGCCGCGGAACCGGGCACGGCCCCGGGCGCGGACCCGAGCACGGCCGAGUUCGACGUGCGGCCCGGCGGGGAGGUUCAUUCCUUCUCCCGGAGCCUGGGGGAUUACGGCUGCACCUUCACCUACUCGGCCCAGGGCGGCACAAACGAGCAGUGGCAGAUGAACGUCGGGGUGAGCGAGGACAGCGGGCUCUUCUCCUGCUCCGUCUGGAGGCCCCAAGGGAAGUCUUAUCUCUUCUUUACCCAGUUUAAAGCUGAAGUGAAAGGAGCCAAGAUAGAGUAUGCCAUGGCUUAUUCUCAGGCUGCUGUGGGUGCCCAGAGCGACAUCCCCUUAAAACAGGAAGAAUUUGAGAUCACUGAAACAACAGUGUCUCACAGGGAAGGCAAGUUCCGUUUCGAGCUGUCCAAACUCGUGAUCGUAGCAAAAACCCCCCGUGACGAGCUGUGACCCCCAGGCCAGCCCUGGGCAGGGGGCUCUGCCUGACCAGCGUGGCAGUGAAGGAAUUUCCUGCAGGCUUUUGCUUUUGGUUGGCCAAACCUUUUCUGUUUUCCGUACUGAAACGUUCCGGGGACCGACGCGAGGGGGGUUUGGAGGUGAGGACGGAUUUGUUCCGCCCUGUGUCAGUGACUCUGUGCUCUGCAGCUGAGAAAUCCCACUCCUCCCGUGCCCCUUCCUGCCUGCCUGAGCUGCUGAGCACAGCUCCCUGGAAAGGGGCUCCUUAUCUGCCUGCCUGGGAAGAGCCUGCAGGGAGAUAAGUGCCUGGAUUUAAGCGAUUUUUCCCUUGCUGAAGGGAAGUUGUUAACUCUGUAGUCUCUGGAGGGGAGAUGGGAUUUGUCCCUCCACCAGCUUGACAGGAGGAAAUAAUUAAUUGAGGGGGAGGGAGGGAUUUGGCCAAAGCUCUGAUUCCAUGGCGAGUGUGUGGCUGGGGUGGAUCCAGAGCUGGGCUUGGGUGGGGGAAGGCAGAGCAGUUUAUUCUGACACAAUCAGGAAUCAAUCCAGGCAACACUUCCACAUCUCAGUGCAACCACGGGACUAUUUUAUACCUACAGAAAAGUGAAUUUUUUCUUAUCCAGAGUAAUAACAGGGAAUGUGCAAUUCCUUUCCUGAGUAAAUGCAGCACAAAUAAAGAAAUAAAGCAUCGUG